UUCCAUGGGAAACGGUACGAGCAGACUCUAUAGUGCUCUCGCCAAGACACUGAACAGCAGCACAGCCUCCCAGCACCCAGAGUAUUUGGUGUCACCUGACCCAGAACAUCUGGAGCCCAUUGAUCCUAAAGAGCUUCUUGAGGAAUGCAGGGCUGUUCUGCAUACUCGACCUCCCCGGUUCCAGAGGGAUUUUGUGGACCUGAGGACAGAUUGCCUCAGUAGCCACCCACCUAUUAGGGUCAUGCAGUGGAACAUCCUCGCACAAGCUCUUGGAGAAGGCAAAGACAACUUUGUACAGUGCCCCAUUGAAGCACUCAAGUGGGAAGAAAGGAAAUGUCUCAUUCUAGAAGAAAUCUUAGCCUACCAGCCUGAUAUAUUGUGCCUUCAAGAGGUGGACCACUAUUUUGACACCUUCCAACCACUCCUCAGUAGACUGGGCUAUCAAGGCACAUUUUUCCCCAAGCCCUGGUCACCUUGUCUAGAUGUAGAACACAAUAAUGGACCAGAUGGCUGUGCCUUAUUUUUUCUUCAAACCCGAUUCAAGCUAGUCAACAGUGCCAAUAUUAGGCUGACAGCUAUGACAUUAAAAACCAAUCAGGUGGCCAUUGCACAGACCCUAGAGUGCAAGGAGUCAGGCCGACAGUUCUGCAUUGCUGUCACCCACUUAAAAGCACGCACUGGCUGGGAGUGGUUUCGAUCAGCUCAAGGCUGUGACCUUCUCCAGAACCUGCAGAAGAUCACCCAAGGAGCCAAGAUUCCUCUUAUUGUUUGUGGGGACUUCAAUGCAGAACCAACAGAAGAGGUCUACAAACAUUUUGCUUCUUCCAGUCUCAACCUGAACAGCGCCUACAAGCUGCUGAGUGCUGAUGGGCAGUCAGAACCUCCAUAUACUACCUGGAAGAUCCGGACCUCAGGGGAGUGCCGGCACACCCUGGAUUAUAUCUGGUAUUCUAAACAUGCCCUGAGUGUAAGGUCAGCCCUUGAUUUGCUCACCGAAGAACAGAUUGGACCCAACCGGCUACCAUCCUUCAAUUAUCCUUCAGACCACCUGUCCCUAGUGUGUGACUUCAGCUUCAAUGAGGAACCUGAUGAACUUUUAUAAACACUUGUCUGGGUCUUUUUAAUCACAAUAGUCUUAACCAGGGAUGGUUCAGGAAACAAAUACAGAAUAAGAAAUUGCCUGAGAAAGGAUUCCAUUUCUGUCACUUCACUUUCCAUGUGUGCAUCAUGCCCUUAGGAAAGAAUCUCAUUAGUUCACAAACCUUUUCAAUUAAAACCUAUAGCAAAGGUGUUUGCACUCCAUUUUUGGCUUGUAUUGUUUCCUUUCCAGUAGCAUUACCUUUUGAUCAUUUAAGGGCAUUAAAUUAGGCUUGUUUUGAAUCUCUUUCAGUUUGAGGAUGCUAUAAAAACUCAGACUUGGUUGAGUCCUCCAUAAUUAACAAUAAGUAUGUAGGAGCAAUUUCUCUAGAUAGCAUUUCAAGUUAUUUAUUGGUGGGUUUUUAAAAUGUCAAUAAGAAAUGCAUGCCAAUAUUUAUUUUUUAUAUCUUCAUGUAAAAUUAAGUAAAUGAAUUACAGUAUUAUGAGCAUUUUAGAACCAUGCAAAACUCAAGUUAUAAAGUAUUUUAUAAUUUUCUUAAAGCUUUAAAAUGUUUUCACCUGGGGUCUAAACAAAAUGUGUACAAAAGAACUGUUUAGCCUGCAGGGGGUUUUGUUAUUUAAGUAUCAGAUCUCCUUGAUACAUUCUUCUUAAAUAAUCCUUGCUGUGCCUCCAUGUUCCCAUUAGUGUGUAUCUUGAAGAGAUUCCAAUUAUUUAAUCAAUUAGUUUUCAUUAUUUAAUCACUAUUAUGCAUUUAUACUUUUCCAUUGGAAUAACGUUGGUAGACAUUUGAGGUCACUCAAUAUCAUUAUUUGUAUUGGAAUGUGCUUUUCACAAUAGGUUAUUUAGGAGUUGUUUUGUGGCAGUGACUAAGAAAAUCAGUUGGACUUUGUUUUCAGAGAUGUGAAACUUUCUAGAAAGCCUAUUAACGGGCUGUCACUGAAAUUUCCUAAGACAGCCAGAGAUGACUGUGGUUCAUACAUCUAGAAAGAACAAUGUAAAAAGUUAGGUAACCUAGAACUUUCCAUCAGAAAUAAAAUUGGUAAAGAUAACAGGUGAAGCCUCUUCCAAACAAAAUAACCUAUUGGUAAUAAAUUGAUAAGUAUUUUAAUCCGUGAGUUGUAAAUACUUAAGAUUAAUAAAUGGUCUUUUAAAGCUA